AUGAUCUCAAAGACCGAAGCAGCCACCUACACCCACGGGCACCACGCCUCUGUCCUCCGCUCCCACGCCUGGCGCACGGCCCAGAACUCAGCGGCCUUCUUGCUGCCCUACUUGCAGCCGCACAUGAAGAUCCUCGAUCUGGGCUGCGGCCCCGGCACCAUCACCGUGGACCUGGCCACCUACGUCCCCGAGGGCCAUGUUACGGGUCUGGAGCGGGUGGGCGAUGUCCUCGCCAAGGGCCGCGCAUUAGCAGCCGAGCGUGGCGUCACGAAUGUUGAGUUUGUGGAGGGGGAUGGGAAUGGACUCACGUAUGCGGAUGGCACGUUUGAUGUGGUUUUUGCGCAUCAGGUGCUGCAGCAUGUGGCGGAUCCGGUGGGGAUGUUGCGCGAGAUGAAGAGGGUGGUGAAGACGGGGGGCAUUGUGGCGGCGCGGGAUGCGGAUUAUGGAAGUUUUGCGUGGUUUCCUGAGUUGCCGGGGUUGAGGGCGUGGAUGGAUUUGUAUCAGAAGGUGGGGCGGUACAAUGGGGCUGAGCCGAAUGCGGGACGCAUGAUGCAUUCGUGGGCGAGGCAGGCCGGGCUUCCGAAAUAUAAGUCUUCGGUUACCUCGUGGGUUUAUACCGGUGCAGAGGAUGGGGAGUUGGCGGGCGUGGAGGAUUUGGAGCGGAUUUCGAAGACGUGGAAGGAGUGGCAGGAGGAUGUCGAUGCUUGGAUUACGAUUCCUAGUUCGGAGAUUGUGUGCAUUAAAGAACAUUAG